CGGGGCGAGACCGGAGGGCGGCGAGGUAACUUUGGCGCCUGCGCAAAGACCCCGGACUCCUAAGCUGCUCCCUCUCAAGUCUUGGCGGCAGCGGCAGCUCGCACGCACAGCUUGAGUCUCUUCGCUCCAGUGAGACGCCGGGCUCGGCCAUGAACCGGUGCGCUGAGGCGGCGGCGGUGGCGGCCUCGGGGCCCGGCGCGGGCGUCGGGAACGCGGGGUUGCGGCCGCCCAUAGUGCCCCGCCAGGCGUCCUUCUUCCCGCCGCCCGUGCGCAACCCCUUCGUGCAGCAGACACGGUUGGGCGCGGCGAGGCGCAUCCAGAUUUUCUUUCUUGGAAUUAUCCUGCUUCCAAUUCGUGCCCUGUUGCUUGCAUUAAUUUUAUUACUGGCGUGGCCAUUUGCUGCAAUUUCAACAGCAUGCUGUCCUGAAAAGCUGACCCACCCAAUAACUGGUUGGAAGAGGAAAAUUACUCAGCCAGUCUUGAAGUUUCUAGGCCAUGCCAUGUUCUUUUCAAUGGGAUUUAUAGUUACCGUGAAAGGAAAGAUCGCAAGUCCUGUGGAAGCACCAAUUUUUGUUGUUGCCCCUCAUUCAACAUUCUUUGAUGGAAUUGCGUGUGUUGUGGCUGGGUUACCUUCUAUAGUAUCUAGACAUGAGAAUGUGCAGGUGCCUCUGAUUGGCAGAAUAUUGCAGGCUCUGCAACCAGUGUUGGUGUCCCGUGUAGAUCCGGAUUCUCGAAAAAACACAAUAAAUGAAAUAAUAAGGCGGGCCGCAUCAGGAGGGGAAUGGCCCCAGAUACUAGUUUUCCCAGAAGGUACUUGUACUAAUCGUUCCUGUUUGAUUACUUUUAAACCAGGGGCCUUCAUUCCAGGAGUUCCAGUGCAGCCAGUUCUCCUCAGAUACCCAAACAAGCUGGAUACUGUGACAUGGACAUGGCAAGGAUAUACAUUCAUUCAACUUUGUGUGCUCACUUUCUGCCAGCCCCUCACAAAGGUGGAAGUUGAGUUUAUGCCUGUUCAAAUACCAAAUGAUGAAGAAAAAAGUGAUCCUGUCCUUUUUGCCAGUAGAGUCCGGAAUUUAAUGGCAGAAGCUCUGAGAAUUCCAGUAACAGAUCACACCUAUGAAGACUGCAGAUUGAUGAUUUCAGCAGGACAGCUAACACUGCCUAUGGAAGCUGGGUUGGUGGAAUUUACCAAAAUCAGCCGGAAAUUGAAAUUAGAUUGGGAUGGGAUUCGUAAGCAUUUGGAUGAAUAUGCCUCUAUUGCAAGUUCCUCUAAAGGAGGAAGAAUCGGAAUUGAAGAAUUUGCGGAGUAUUUGAAGCUGCCUGUAUCAGAUGUCUUGAGACAACUUUUUGCACUCUUUGACAGGAACCAUGAUGGCAGUAUCGACUUCCGAGAGUAUGUAAUUGGCCUGGCUGUCCUGUGCAACCCUGCCAACACAGAGGAGAUCAUCCAGGUGGCAUUUAAGCUCUUUGAUGUUGAUGAGGAUGGAUUCAUAACAGAGGAAGAGUUCGCCACCAUUCUGCAGGCUUCCCUUGGAGUGCCUGACCUUGAUGUUUCUGGUCUCUUCAAGGAAAUAGCCCAGGGGGAUUCUGUUUCGUAUGAGGAAUUUAAAAGUUUUGCCCUAAAGCAUCCAGAAUAUGCUAAGAUAUUUACAACCUACUUAGACCUCCAGACGUGCCAUGUGUUUUCAUUACCAAAAGAAGUCCAAGCAACUCCCUCAGUCGUAAGUAAUAAAGUCAGCCGUGAAAGUCAUGAAGAGAGUACCUCAGACAAAAAGGACGACUGAAAGCAAACAUUCCUAAUAAGGAAAAUGCUGUGGCUUUUACUUGAAAUUUCAAAGGCGUUUAUUGAUAGUAUUUUAUUUGUGAUUGAGUAAUGAUGUUUAAAAUAGAAAGCUUUUUUUAAAAAAAUGAUAGAUUUUCUUAUUGAAAUGCUUCUAUUCACAUGUGUUUAUCAAGUAAUAUUCAUUUUUCUUUUACAUUAUAUUUUGCUAUACUGGCGAUAAAGAUGUUUUCAUGGAUUUUCCAGGUUAAUUUGCAUAUCCAUAUGAAUGAAAUGGUCUCCCUUAUUUACUGAUGAGCAUUAAUCAAUGCUGCAAAAAGUUUUAAAAGUAUAAAUAAUUUUUCAUCUACUUUCCUCUAAAGAAAUAAGGUUAGCUUUAAUCCCUUCCCAUUCUAGAAAUAAAAAUGAAGAGUCCGAGGAACAUUGCAGAAUUUUAUACCUUUAACUUCACAGAUUCAUUUUUUCCAUUUGCAUUUCAGUUUCUUGGAUAACUGAACAUGGGGGGAUUGGAAGGGAGAGCUCCGCUACUUAGAUGAGACUUCUUAAAAACUCAUAUUCUCUUGACCAUGCAUCCCUAUUGUAGAUUUCCUUAACCACCUGCUAAGGAGAUCAUAACCUUUUGCAUGAUCUACAGAUUUAGAACUUUGUUUUAAAGACAACAGCUAUGGCCAAAGGCUAUGUGGGAAUUGCCUUAUUGAAGGUAACAUUAAUUGCCUAAUGAGAAAAAUUGUUUGCCACAGAGUUUAGUUUAAUUUGAGUUGGGUAGUUUAGAAUGUAGCCCUUGCCCAGUAAAUGAAUCAGAUUUACUUUAUUUAUAUAUUAUUAGAAUUAAUAUAUUUUAUCAUCUAAAUGGGAGUUUUAUUUUAUUAAGUGUCCUCUCAAAUUUUAGAGCUUGCCUGAAAUAUCUACAGGGAAAAUAUGAAAGGUUCCAAAGUAUCACCAAAAGCUAAGGAAUCCAAAAACCUACUUUAUUAAUGCACGACCAUGAUUUAACCUCCAGGCAGGAAUUUAACAGUGAUAUUUUUUUCCUUUAGGUUAAGCAAUAAUUUCCCUCAAGUGCCAUUUUAUUAUAUGUCACACAUGCUUACUAAAAAGUUUUAUCCUUAAGUGUGAAGGAUGAAACAGUAUGAUUGUUUGCUUUUUACAUAUCUUAAGCUAUUUAGACAAAGCAUUGAAUAAGCUGAAAACAAUUUCUUAAGUAAUUAGGAAAGUACCUCUUUAUAAUAUUGGUUGUCAUAUGCUAUUGAAUGUAUGUAUUACUCAGGUACCAUGAUUUUUAUCAUAGAAAACCCACAUAUUAAUUCCAUUAAUCAUGAAAAAGCAGCAUUUUAAAUUACAAGCUUUCUGUGAGGCUCUUGAAAGUGAUCCCAUUGUUUUCCUGUUUCAAAGUAAUAUUUUAUGUUCUUUAAUUCCACUU